CUGCUCUCUUGGUACUCCUGCUAUCAAUGUUCCAUUGAGACACACCUCACGGAUGAGUUCAGGAACCUGGAAAGAAUCGACUUGUGAUUGAGCGCCAGUCAUAUUGGGUUCAUAGUUGGCUGCCUACAUAACUAUUAGACACGACAUCAUGGACAUGCUGGCAACUAGAACCACAUGGUUGGCCAUAGCUCUCUUUUUCAUAACUAUUGUAUCCACUAAGAUUUCAAGAUGGAAAAGCAAUAUCCAUCAUUUGCCCACAAGACCACUUCCACCUGUGGUGAAUGUCCUUGCUCUCUUACCUUCGGUUUUUAAAAAGGGUUUUGGGGUUACAAUCAAUGAUCUAUACACAAGGUACGGCAGUGUAUUUACAAUAAAUUUGCUUGGGCCAAAGAUAACCUUGUUGGUUGGACCAGAUGUCUCGGCUCAUUUCUUCCAAGGGCUCGAGUCAGAGAUUAGCUUUGGUAAUUUUGCCGAGGUUACUGUUCCCAUCUUUGGCCAGGAAGUUUUGUAUGGUGUAGAUGUCGCAACUCGCAGUGAGCAAGUAAACUUCCUGCUUGAUAUAUUAAAGCCAUCCAAGUUGCGAAGCCUCGUUGAUCCCAUAUUUCAAGAAGUAGAGGCCUACUUUGCAAACUGGGGACAUGAUGGCAUAGUUGAUCUUAAACAUGAACUUGAGCAGGUGCUCAUGUUUAUCUCAAGUCGGUGCCUACUCGGAUAUGAGGUUCGGCAGAUGAUGCUGAAAGAAGUAUACUCACUGUUCCAUGAACUUGAGAAUGGCUUAAACUUUUUCAGUUACUUGUUUCCAUAUAUUCCAACUCCGACAAACCGCCGACGCGACAAGGCACACAAUAGGCUGAAAGAAAUAUUCACCACAACUAUCAGGUCACGCAGGAGUUCUAGCCGUGCCGAGGAGGAUGCACUACAGAGGUUGAUGGAUUCCAAGUAUAAAGAUGGUCGCUCCAUAACGGACGGAGAAAUUUCUGGCAUGGUCAUGGCCCUCAUCUUUGCUGGAAAACACCCAAGCUCUAUCACUAGUAUAUGGACCGGAGCUUUCAUGUUGAGCAACACCAAGUUCUUAAUAGCUGCCAUGGAGGAGCAAAAGCAUAUCCUUAGCAAGUACAAGAACCAAAUAGGCUAUGAUGCCUUGUUAGAGAUGGAUACCCUGAAUAGAUGCAUCAAGGAGGCGAUUAGGAUGCAUACACCAGCACAAAUGUUAGCUCGCAAGGCACAUAAGAAAUUCAAGGUGCAGACCAAGGAAGGCAAGGAAUAUGACAUACCUGGAGGGCAUACUGUUGUAAUCCCUACGGCGUUCAACAAUAAGCUGGCACACGUUUACACUGACCCUCAUGUGUAUGAUCCGGAUCGGUUUGGUCCUGGAAGAGAGGAGGAUAAAGUUGGUGGUGAGUACUCUUUCACGACAUUUGGUGGUGGAAGGCAUGUUUGCCCUGGCAUGGCCUUGGCUUACCUGCAAAUUAAGGUGAUAUGGAGCCAUCUGCUAAGAAACUUUGAGCUCAAGCUAAUAUCUCCUUUCCCCAAUGCAGACUUGAGAAAGAUGGGCCAAGAGCCUAAAGGAAAAGUAAUGAUAAGUUAUAAGAGACAUCAAUUGUUGCACUGCUAGCCAUUGAUAAGUAGUAAUACUAAUAAUCAUACCUAGUUAGUUUAGAAUAAGAAUUUGGGUAUGGAAAGGUUCGUCCCGAAGAAGGUUUUCCUGCUGUCUCCAAAUUCAGUUAGACUUGAUUUCUUUUACUCCAAGUUGUAAUUGGCAUUAUAAGCCUUCCUUUGUUGAUCAGUACAGACAGCCAAGUUGAAUCUA